AUGUCAAGAUCACUUUCCAUUAUCAUUUUUCAUUACAUAUUAGUCUUACAUCAAAAUCAAAAAUCAUCUAAUCUCAUUAUAUUAGACGUUUCUUUCUUAAUUAGGGAGAGAUUAUAUACAACAUGGCAACUGGAAUUAUGGAGGUCUUUUUGGUGAAUGCUAAGGGUCUUGGAGACACUGAUUUUUUUGGUGAUAUGGAUCCCUAUGUACUGAUUCAAUACAAAGAUCAAGAGCGCAAGAGUCUUGUAGCCCGAGGACAAGGGAGUAGCCCAUCAUGGAACCAAAAAUUGAGCUUUAGAGCAGAUUAUCCAGGUUCUGGAGAUAACUACAAGAUCACCUUCAAAAUUCUAGACAAGGACACUUUUUCUACUGAUGAUUUCAUCGGUCAUGCUACGAUCUAUGUGAAGGAUUUAUUGGCUAUAGGAGUUGAGAAAGGAAGUGCUCAACUACAAACGAGUAAAUACCGUGUAGUUGGCGCUGACCAAAAAUAUCGAGGAGAGAUUCAAGUUGGUGUAACUUUCACUCGCAAGGUGGAACAAAAAUGGGAGAAAUUUGGAGGAUGGAAAGAGAGCAAUUUCUAGAUUUUCUUAUGCUAUUCCAAAGUCCCAAAUAGCUAGAAAGACUCGAAGUUCUUUUAUUGAUUUAUUUUUCAUUUUAUUAAUAUAUUUAUGUUUGAAAUAUCUUUGUAUAUAGUGAGUAAUUGCUGUAAUGAAUUUAACAAAAUGUUAUUUAUUUAUUUUUAUUUUUGAAA